ACCAGUACCCCUGUUAUCCACUGCAGAAGCAAAGCAAAGCAAGCAAGCGGAGCGAGCUCACAUUCCAUGUACGCUGGCCGUUGAGCUCCAUUUGGAGACACCCACUACGGCGACUCCGCAGUCCCCUCCCCACAUUGACUGCCACCGUACCGGAGACAGCCUUUCACCCAAUCACUCACAGCUGCCUGCCAACGCAAGGCUCCAUCACUCGAUUCAUCCCGCCACAUUGCAGCUUUGCUUCCCUUUUCUCCUUCCGCUCGCCGCCAUUAUGCCGACCAUGCCAGCACCAGCGACACCCCCCGGCCGCCAUCGCUCACGCUCUAAACUCUAGGCCUAGCUAGCUCCUUAUCAGAAUCAUCGCACAAUUACAAGUGACAAGACUUGAUUCCUAGGCUAGCUAGCUCCUUACUAGCUUAGUGACCCAAUUGCAGCAUGAGCCAAGAACCACUGGCGAAGUCCGCGAGCGCGAUGGCGGAUGAUCACGCGCUGCCAUUGGCAGCGGAGGCGUCUUCGUGGACGGUUUCGAUGCACCCCGCCGCCGCCGCCUUCUACUUCGGCCUUUCUUGCGCUCUGGCUCAGGGGAGAGUCGCCGGCGGGUGCUAUCUUGGCGGCGCGAGGCGGCGGGGGUGCCGGUGGUCGCGCUCGAGGGAGCUCGAGUUGCGGGAGAAGGUGGGCGCGCUGGAGCUCCAGGUCGAGGAGCUCCGGCGCCGUAGGGCGGAGGACGCCAGGGCCAACGAGAAGGUGGCGGGCAUCUUCGCGUCCCACGAGCAGCGGUGGCUCGCCGAGCGGAAGGCGCUGCGGCGGCAGGUGCACGCCGUUGUCUCCGCGGCGCGCGCUCGGGAGGCGAAGCGUGGGGAGGAGGCGGAGGAGCUAAGGCGGGAGCUGGAGGAGCUGAGGCGGGAGCUGGAGGAGCAGCGGCGCUCGGCGGGGCUCAAGGACGAGGCCCUGGAGCAGGAGGUCGCGAGGCGGGAGGGCGCGGAGGAGAGGCUGCAGGCUGCGGAGCAGGCGGCGGAGGAGCUGCGAGAGCGCGCCAGAAAGGACGCGGGGGAGCACGACGCGGAGUUGAGGAAGCACAAGGCGGCGUUCGUGGAGCUCGCGUCCGCGCAGCGGCAGCUGGAGGCGGACCUGGCCCGCGCCGCGCGCCUCGCGGACACGGCUGAGGCGGAACUCAGGGCCGCGCUGGAGCGCCGCGACGAGGCAGCGGCGGCGGCCGCGGAUCUCUCCGCCGAGGCCGCGCGGCUGCGGCGGGACGCGGAGCACAAGGACAAGAUUCUCUCGGCGAUGCUGCGCAAGUCCAAGAUCGACAUGGAGGACAGGGAGAUGCUCGUGCGUGAUGUCAAGAUGUGUAAGGCCAGGCGGAAGCAGGCCGAGCUCGAGGCGGAGCGGUUGCGCAAGAUGUGGGAGUCCCGCGGCCACCGCCGGGGCUCCUCCAGGUCGUCUGCGCGGUGCGUGGACCACCCAGCUGGGUGCUCCGUCAAGCUGGCCCCCGACGCCGCCGUGGUGCGCACGAACGACACCAAGAUACUGUUCGUUGACCACGUGGAGGGCGACGGCAAGAAGGCGCCGCCGGCGAAGGAGCUGACAGCCAUUGAAUGCGUCGAUCGCUAUCCCAGCCAUGUCGACGACAAGCCCGCUGUGGAGGAGUACCAAGGGCUGCAGGAGUGGCUCCAGAUGGAGACCGAGAAGUACACGGGCAUGAUCAAGCACCGGCACAACGCGGAGGUCGAGGCGUUCACGGAGCAGCUCCGGCUCAAGGACGAGAAGCUGGAGGUGUUUCGGUGGCGGGCGGUGAGCAUGGACGUCGAGGCGACACGGCUCCGGUGCCGGAUCCAGGAGCAGGAGGCGCGGCUGGCACAGCACGAGCAGCACCACGCCGGCCUAGAGCCUCUCCUCCUGGACAGGGAGAAUCAGAACCGGUCACUCAAGGAGCAGCUAGAGGCGCUCCAAGCGCAGGCCCUUGCCGUGGCGAUCUGCGGCGCGGCCGGUGAUCAAGACGACGACACUUGUGACCAUUGCAUUCCGUGUUCCCCGGUGAAGAUCGAAAGAACAAUGUCAGGAGAAGCCGAUAGGCGCUCGUCCGGUGCGCGACAUCCAGGGGGCACUAAUGUCACCAGUUCUCAUCGUGCAGAGACCAAACUGGACGAGCCGGUUUCGCCUGAUGAUCACAAGGACAAGGCGUUUGAUCAUGUGGAAGCAGCAGAGGCGCACGACGUUCCAGUUCCUGAUCACGCUUGCGCCGUGGCGGCAACGUCGAUGGGACAGGAGCGGCAUGAUGCUCCGGCUCGACAUUCAUACACGUCUGAGAUCGAAGAGGAGAAGGAGGUCUACACCGAUCCGGGCAACGCGCACACGCAGACCAGCACGAGUAGUUCUCAAGAGGUGACAUCUGAGCUCGCACUCGUGGUCGUGGCGCCGCCUGACCUGAAGGCUUCUGCUUGGAAGACGGACAUCCACGCCCUCGCGGUGUCGUACAAGAUCAAGCGGCUGAAGCAGCAGCUGCUGGUGCUGCAGAAGGUGGCCGCGGAAAGCGAGGAGGUGGCCGCGUCAACAAAGCCGUCAGGCAGCGAAGCCAGUGGCAGCAGGCAGCAUCCGAGGACGAGGUACCAGACGAUGAUGUCCUUCCUGAGCAAGCACGUCAAGCGGUACCAGUCCCUCGACGACAAGAUCGACGACCUAUGCGCAAGAAUGGAGGAGAGCAAGAGGAGCGUGGGGCGGGAGCGGCGUGCUGCGGAGCAGAGCGCGGCGCUGGGGCAGUUCCUGGAGGAGACGUUCCAGCUGCAGCGGCUCAUGGUGGCCACGGGCCAGAAGCUGCUGGAGACGCAGUCCAGGAUCGCGCCGGGCCUCGCUCGCGGCGGCGGCGGCGGAGGCUACGACGACGGCGUGGACAUGAAGAGGUUGAUGGACGUGGCCGGGGCGCUGCUGAGGGACGUGCAGCGGGGGCUGGAGCUGCGGGUCGCGCGGAUCAUCGGGGACCUCGAGGGCACGCUCACCUUCCACGGCAUCCUCCACACCACGCGCUAGCUGAUGCUCCCAUCGCAGCUUCUUUGUUGCUUCUGUUCCAUGGUGCAUCGACCCAUAUGUACGUUCACGACGAUCGCCAACGGUGAACACCAUCGAAAAGCGUAAAAAAUUGCUGGUUUGCCACUUUCAACGAAUGCCAAUUGCCCA